GUCGACAUAGUCAAUUAAAGUUCGAUGAAGUACGUCUGUAACGGGUUUGAUGGCGUUGACAUGUUCUAUCCAAUGGCAAAAAAGUAAUAACCGCCGAUAUAACUGCACGUUAUUAUGACACAAAGAAUUCGUAACCCGCUCGGAUGAAGACACUUUUGAUAGCUUACGAACGUUACAUGCAGUAUCGAAAUGAAGGUGAAUUUUCGAAAUGCAGUCGUCAGCGCAAAGCUCCUAUGCACCCUUUCGCCACAACGAUGGAAAGACUGUGCACUAUAUUAUUGUUGUUCUCUUUAUUACGUCAAUUCACUGUGUCACAUGCGUGCAAAAUGACAGAAGAAUGAAAAUAGAUCAAGCAAAAAGAUAGUAGAUCAAAUUGUUUUCAGUAUAAAGGUCACUAGCAGUUUCAAAACGGUUUAAAAGGGCGAAAGCAGACCACUGGUGGUCAUUUGAUCUUGGCGGCGAGAACUCUCACUAUAUUUAACUCUCAAUCCUCCUUUAUCUUGCACACGCCAAGAGAAACGAGCGCAACACGUCAACUCUAGUAAUCAACGUCUUCACGUAUACUUGAGCACACAUCCUGCGCCUUUUCAUCGCGUCAUUCGGAUCGCUCUGCCCUUUUUCCCGAAAUCUUAGUCGAACUUUCGUAUAAGAACAUAUAGAAUCCACCGGUUUUGAUUUAUUUCACUAUCUAAGUGGAAGACUUUCACCAACAACGGAUUUCAUUACAAU